GAGGUUCCAACCAGCGAGCCGGUACAAGUACUGGACAUUCUAGACAGUAACCAAGGCGGCCGGAUAUGUGCUGGCUACCGCAACCAGUUCGAUCUGUUGGACGAACGGACAGGAGAGACUCUGCAUCUCUAUCGUACGGAAAACUGCAAGAGUCAGGCCGUGGCCGUGAUCGAGAUGCGAUCCGAUGACAACCUAGAAUUACUCCUCUGUUUCAACCGAAACUGCUACCUUCAGCGUUUAACUUCGCAGCCGGAUCCCCUGGGCACAGCAGAUUUCUACAACUUUCCUUGUCCUUCUGAUGAACCGGAGCAG